UCUCAUCUCAUCUAAAUUUCAAUUCAGAAACAGUUGAGAGUAGUUCAAGUUGGCAUAUAUUUUCUCUGCUCUACUCCAUAAAUUCAACAACUACUGACUGACUGACUGACUCAGACCAAUUCACUAACUCCAUCUCCAUCGUCAUCAACCUAAUUAAGGUUGGCUGACGGCUUUCACAGAUUGGCUAUGACUUCCGUUACUACGAGGUCAGGGGUUAACUAGGGCUGACUGCUUUGUCAUGGAUAUGCCAUAUUUUUCCAAUGUCUAUGAUACCAUGUCUUUCUUAAAAACUUUUGAGACGUUCAAUCUAAUGGAUUUUGAUGGUGUAACCACUCUAAUCAAAAUAGUAGAGCAAGACCUUAUGGAGCCCAAACUACUUUCAAUUUUUGAUGCUGGAGGAAUGAAGGCGUCGCUGCUUAAAAUGAUCGAGUUGCUGUCUGCCAAGCUCUGCUUUCUGCAAGCAUUUUUGGAUGAAUGUGAGGCGAGAAUGAAUCACGGGCACGUCUGCGGUAAGAUAAUGUAUGAAGCAAUCCGAGAUAAGGUUGCUAGAAGAUAUAAAGAUUACAAAAUAGAAUAUAAACUGACACAAGUAUACACAACUAACUUGGGAGAGUCUGCACUUGUGGCUUGUGAACUUCAUUGCACCUUGAAACAAGUGGUAAGAGAUAUUGAGGAAGUUGGAGAAUGGAUCCUCUUGUUAAAAAGAAUAAAUCCUUUAGAGUAUGAGAGAGAUAACAUUAUGGUUUGGGAUAACUACCAAAAUGCUUUAGUGCCUGAGAAUGAAGUGAUUGUAGGAUUCCAGAGUGCUAUAGAGACGAUAAUAAACCGGCUCACUAGUCUAUACCCAAUGAAUUCAGUUUUCACCAUUUUGUGGAGUAGUGACAUUGACAAGUUUCGGAAAUUAGUUGAAAAUCCAUUGGUGAAACUAGAAGUUAUCCCACUGGUUGGGGAAGGGGGCAUAGGAAAAACUACAUUAGCCAAGAGUGUCUAUGGACAUCCAAUUACUAUUGCUAGCUUUCACAUUCGAGCGUGGGUAGAAGUGUCUCAAGUUCAUAACCUCAAAGAGAUGCUCAUCGGUCUAUUACGUUGUAUUUCACCAAUCACUAGUGAAAUCUACAACAUAGAUGAGGCUCAGAUAGCAGAGCAAUUAUGCAGAAGUUUGAUGGGCAAGAAGUAUUUAAUUUACUUAGAUGACAUAUGGACUACAGCUGCAUGGGAUGCCAUCCAAGGAUGUUUUCCAGAGAAUUCUAAUGGAAGCCGAAUCUUAGUAACUACUCGGUUCACAAACGUGGCUGAAUACUUAACUACGAAUCCCUUCCAUGUGAUGUAUCAAACUUUAGAGAAUGGUUGGGAAUUAUUUUCAAGGAAAGUGUUUGGGCAAAUCCCAUGCGUUCCCAGGGAAUAUGAGUUAAUUGGGAAACGCAUUGUUCUUGGUUGCAGUGGACUACCACUAGCAGUUGUUGUGAUUGCUGGACUUUUGGCAACUGUAAAAGAGUCUCUUGAAAUAUGGAGAGAUGUUGCAGAAACUUUGGAUGGAGUUAAUACAAGUGAUAACAACAACAGAAUUUCAAAUAUACUUUCAUUGGGCUACAAUUACUUACCUAGUCACUUGAAACCUUGCUUUCAUUAUUUUAGUGUGUUUCCUGAAGACAAUGUCAUUCCUGUUAAGAGACUAAUCAACUUAUGGGUUGUGGAGGGAUUUUUAAUGCCACAUAAAAAUAUGAGUUUGGAAAAAGUGGCAGAGAGCUACUUGCAUGAUCUCAUUAAUAGAAGUCUAGUUCAAAUUAAUGAGGUAAGUAUUGAUGGCGAAGUUAAAUCAUGUAAGAUUCAUGAUCGAGUGCACGAGGUUUGUGUGAGAGAAGCAAUAAAGGAGAAUAGUUUGUGUAUUAUCAAUGGCAAUCAUGCUCCAAAAGCUAGUCGUUGGUUAAGCUGUCAAACAAGUCAUUUGCCAAUCACUAAAGCGAGUUAUGGGAAUUGCACUCCAGAUAAAAUACAUUCUGUUCUCUGCUUUGGUAAAGAUGUAUACCAUUUAAAAUGCAGGUUUGUAUACCCAUGUUUGAAAUUGCUAAGAGUAUUGGAUUUAUCAUUAGUUAAAUGGUCACAAGGCAUGCCUAGUGAAAUAACAUAUUUGGUUCAUUUGAGAUACUUGGCUUUAAGUACCAUUGGUUCUCUUUGCAAGCUUCGAUUUUUAAAGCUUAAAAAUUUGAUGACUCUCAUAGUUACUUCAUGGAUGGAAAAAUGUCCUUUGCAACUACCAUGUGAUAUUUUGGAUUUGCCACAAUUGAGGUAUUUGCAUGUUGACAAGAGAUGUUCACAGUAUCUCCCUUGCUUAGUCAAAAAAGAUAUACAAACUCUUUAUUGGUUGAAAGUUGCUAGCUCAGACGAAAAACCAAACUUCGGAAUGGUUCCAAACCUAAAGGAACUUGGGAUUUUCAUUGAAGGCCAACUGGAGCCUAGCUAUCUAGGGAGCCUUGUGUAUUUACAUCUACUUGAGAAGUUGAAGUUUGAAGUAGGAAGAGUUGAGCGCUUUUAUCUACCAACAGGUUUUCCACCAAGCCUUAAGAAGUUGACACUUCGGUAUACUUAUCUUCCAUGGAAGGAGAUGGACACAAUUGGUGAGUUGCCGCACCUUGAGGUUCUUAAACUUAAAGAUUUCGCCUUAUGUGGUUCAGAGUGGAAACCAUCAACGUGCUUUUGGAAAUUAAAAACACUUCUCAUUUCACGUUCAAAUCUCAAAUAUUGGAAUGCAAAUUCUAAUCAUUUUCCAGUUUUGGAGCGCCUAGUCUUAAGAUAUUGUUGGGAAUUGAAAGAAGUUCCACUUGAGUUUGCAUUUAUUGGAACGCUGAAGUUAAUUGUGUUAGAAUGUUGUUAUUCUUCACUUGUGACUUCUGCAAAUCGGAUUUCUUCUAAGAAGCCAUACAACAUGUACUUAUUAGGCAAAGCGGAUUGUCGACUUCGUGUUCGUAAAGUUGGAACUGAGGUUGAAUUGCCAAAUAUUAAUAGAUCUGAAGAAGAAAGGUUGAAAAGCUCUGAAGAAGAAAGUGUCGAAAGCUCUAAAGAAGAAAGGUUGAAAUUCUCUGAAGAAGAAAGUGUCGAAAGCUCUAAAGAAGAAAGGUUGAAAAGCUCUGAAGAAGAAAGUGUCAAAAACUCAAAAGAAGAUAGGUUGAAAACUGGGAAGAGUGUGAUGAAUUAUCUGAAGAAGAAGGUGUCGAAAUCUGUAAAUGCAUUGAAAGAAUUGAAGAGAAAAGAAGAAAUUUAAGUGGCUGAGGAAUUUGUUAAUUAUGGGUUGAUAUAAACUUAUGAAAGCCAAGUGGCUAAUGUUGAUGAAGGUGAUCUGUCUCUUUGGUUGGGUAUUUAUCUAAUCACUUUCGGGAGAAAACAAACAGAACGGAUUUCUUGCUGUAAUUCUUCAAGUGCAGCUCAAAGAAGAGACAAAGGAUUUUUUGAAGUGAGAUCAUUUAAAAGCUUGUGAAAGAAAAGUAUUGAGAAAAACUUGUCUCUCUCUUUUGGACUAAAUCUGAGUUACAAGCCAAGUAUCUUGUGGUCCAGUGGUAUCAAGUCAAUCUCAUAUGAUAGGUUUGAGUCUCAGUGGAGGCGCUCUGGGUUCGUUUUUCCGUCUCUCCAACAACGCACAUGGUACUGGAUGGGAAUCGCGGUUGAGGCAAGCGGCGGGGACCACCUGUCGACCGAGGUAAGAAAUUCAAGGUAUCACAUUCAGAUGUUGGUGGUUUGGGUAGUCUUUCUAAGGAAGAUGAUGAUUUUGUGACCCCACCAUUAGCGUUUCUUGCAAGGUUGUAACAAGACCCUAUAUGGAAUGCACCCGAUUAUGAAUUCACUACAGAGGAGGCAAUUAGAUUACCUAGGGUGAACUUUUUUUUUUUUAUCUUGAGUUAGGCUUUUUGUAAGCGUAGGUUGUUAAUUUUUUUGUCAAUUACAAUAUCAUAGUACUUACUCUAUAUGUUCGGUCUUUUGGAGGCAUAUUUAAUUGAUAAUGCUAUUUUCCUUUGUUUUGAUAAGUGAUUAAAUCAUCUUCCGUACAUGUAUGUGAUUUCCAUUUUUGUACAUAAUGUAGCUAUAUGGGUGCACAGUGUUUAUGUAUCCCUAUGAAGUAA